GCAACAAUGGUGAAGAGAGUGGCCAUCAUUGGAGCUGGUGUCAGUGGCUUGGCCUCCAUACGGUGUUGUCUGGAAGAGGGGCUGGAGCCCACCUGCUUUGAAAGGAGCAAUGAAGUUGGAGGUCUGUGGGAAUUCUCAGACCAUUCAGAAGAAGGCAGAGCCAGCAUCUACAAGUCUGUGUUCACUAACUCUUCCAAAGAGAUGAUGUGCUUUCCAGACUUCCCAUAUCCUGACGAUUACCCCAACUACAUGCACCAAAGCAAGGUCCAGGAAUACAUAAAGACAUUUGCUCAAAAGAAUAAUCUUUUAAGAUAUAUACAGUUUGAGACCCUGGUUACUAGUAUAAAGAAAUGUCCCAACUUCUUGGUCACUGGCCAAUGGGAAAUUGUUUCAGAAAAGGAUGAGAAACAGGAAUCUACUAUUUUCGAUGCUGUAAUGAUCUGUUCAGGACACCAUGUGUACCCCAAUCUACCAACAGAUUCUUUUCCUGGCCUCGACCGAUUUCAAGGCCACUUCCUCCACAGCCGGGACUAUAAGGGCCCAGAAGUGUACAAGGGGAAGAGGGUCCUCGUGAUUGGCCUGGGGAACUCAGGAUGUGACAUUGCUGUUGAGCUCAGUCAUCUGGUUACACAGGUCAUUAUCAGCACCAGAAGUGGUUCCUGGGUCAUGAGUCGGGUUUGGGAUGACGGCUAUCCUUGGGACAUGCUGUAUGUGACCCGCUUUGCAUCCUUUCUCCGGAAUGCCCUUCCUUCAUUUGUCUCUGACUGGUUAUAUGUCAAGAAGAUGAACACGUGGUUUAAACAUGAAAACUAUGGCCUGAUGCCUUUAAACAGCACCUUAAGGAAAGAGCCUGUGUUCAAUGAUGAGCUCCCUUCCCGCAUCCUAUGUGGCACUGUAUCCAUCAAGCCCAAUGUGAAGGAGUUUACAGAGACUUCAGCCGUGUUUGAGGAUGGGACAGUGUUUGAGGCCAUUGACUAUGUCAUCUUUGCAACAGGCUAUGGUUAUGCCUACCCCUUCCUUGAUGACUCCAUCAUCAAAAGCAGAAAUAAUGAGGUCACUUUGUUCAAAGGCAUCUUUCCCCCAUUCUUGGAGAAGCCAACCUUGGCUGUGAUAGGUCUUGUCCAGUCCCUUGGGGCUACCAUCCCCACGGCUGACCUACAGGCCCGCUGGGUUGUUAAAGUAUUUGCAAAUUCAUGUACCUUGCCAACUACAAAUGAAAUGAUGGAUGACAUUGAGGAGAAAAUGGGGAAGAAACUCAAAUGUGUGUUCUUUUGUUUCCUCAGGUUUGGCCAGAGCCAGACUCUGCAGACAGAUUACAUCACAUACAUGGAUGAACUGGGCUCCUUCAUAGGGGCCAAACCUAACAUACCAUGGCUCUUCCUGACUGAUCCCCAGCUGGCCCUGGAGGUGUACUUUGGUCCUUGUAGUCCAUACCAGUUUCGACUGAUGGGACCAGGGAAGUGGGAUGGGGCCAGAAAUGCCAUCCUGACCCAAUGGGACAGGACAUUAAAGCCAACCAGGACAAGAGCUGUCAGUGAAGCUAAAAGACCCCAACCCUUUUACAAUUUGCUUAAAAUUCUUUUAUUCCCAGUGCUUCUUCUGGCUGUUUUACUUGCAUUUUAUUGA